AUGAAGUACAUGGUUGCUGAUAGUGAACGUGGGAGUCCAAACGGUGUUGAUGCCGAGGUAAAGCUGAAUGGGGAACGAUAUGAAGUAGUGGAUGAAUUCAUAUAUCUUGGUACGCUUGUGACAUGUGGCAACGAUGCGGCGGAUUACUCCACUUACCACAACACCAUGGGGCGGCGGUCAACGCUGAUGGGCGGCGGAGGCGGUGGCGCUCCCUACACCCAUAUGAGCAAGUACUCCUACCCGACGGAUAUGAGUCUGAGCAGCCAUUACGGAUACACUUCCUGGGGUUUAUGGCGCGACAAUCGGAAUCUGUCUUCGUCGAUGUACGGCAAAAAGCAGAAGAACUUCAGAUCGGUUUCCGUACUGCUGCUGUCCGCUGCCUUCAUAGUGGUCCUCGCCAUACUGUGCGUGGUUGGGCUGGCUUUCUAUCUGAGCGCAUUCAAGUCGGACCUCAGCGAAUCGAUUCUCGUUUUCGACUGCACGUUCCGGGUAACCCGGGGGGACAUUUACACGACCGGGCUGCGCUCGAACCACACAUCGGUCUUCCGGCAGAAGUCGGCCUUCUACGAGCGGCUCAUCGGCACGUCGCUGGAGCAGAGCGGCCUCACGGUGUCCCGCACGGAAAUCAUGGACUUUGGCGACGGGCCAACGAUAGUGCUGAGCUUUCGCGUGUUUCUCGACAUGAGGAAGAUUAAAAUAACUAUUAAUAACGUGGAGGAACACAUCCGUCAGGCGGUGCUCAGCGAGCUGGCCAAUCCGCAUUCGCUGUUCCGGAACAUCAGAGUGGAUCCCGAUUCGAUUGAAAUUAAACGGUUGCUGGAUAAGGCCGUUCUGCGAACGGCAUUCUUCACCAAGGAAGAGCCUUUACCGAUGCCAAUCAAACCACUGGAGGACCGCUUUGGACCGGCGAAAAAGACCGGGAUAAUUGAGAAAACCAUUCACAAGUUCACGGCAAAAGUCGCCUCGUCGACCGUCCCGUCGGUUUUUGAGAAGAAGCAGCCACCGGAUCAGCCGCAGCAGCACCAGCAGGUUGACGGAGAAUCUGACAUUGACAUGGAUAAUUUACCGGUUAUACAAGGGUCAUUUGAAAUCACGAAAACAGAUGCGGAUAUCACCCAGAAGAAGGCCGCUAGCGGUGGGGGAGGAACUGUCGGGAUGCCAUCGCAACCCGUGUCUACGCUAAAACCGUUCGCCGUCAGUCCGGCCCAGCUAAAGGUACGGACCAGUGACAAAAAGCCACAUGACAACGUUAAAACCUCGUAUGCGGAGGAAAAUGCAACAUCAUCCUCAUCAACGAUGCGCCCCAGCGCAGGAGCUAGACUAAAAUAUGAAACGGGAACGGCCAAGAUUGAAAAGACUGACAAACAUGGUGCGACAACGAAGAAAAUUAAAACUAAUUCCAGCGGCGGUAGUCGAGGCACGUCAACAGGCUCAAUGGGCACGAGGCGAACUACAUCCAGUACCACAACCACUCCGCUAACAACUACGACGAUGUUCACCACAACAGCGACAACCCCUUCCACCACAACAACGACCAGGACGACAUUAAAGAGUACGACCAGUGCCACAACAACACCAGUUUCUACGGUCAAAUCUGCCACAAAAACUAGCCUGUAUGAAGAGUAUGAGCUGCUGACCGAGUCUUCCGCUGACGAUCGGAAUGAUACACUAUUGGAGAAUUUUUUGCAGGCCAUCAUUAACGACAGUCUGCCGGAGGAGUUGAUGGCCGCUCAGAACCGAAUGGAUGAAAACAUUCCCAAGCUGGACGUUGCCCUGUUCACUAGUGCGCCAAUCCUGGACAAACAACCGUGGCAGCCGAUUCGCCCGAUGGCUCCGAAAGAGAUUCCUCUGCACAAGUUUGCCUCAACGAAAGCGCCGAAAAAGAAACCGUCCCUGGCGGAGGAGAUUCUCUAUCGAAACAAAAUCAGUGACAUCGAGAGUGCACUGUACACCGAAAGCCCGGCCGGACAGAUCUACUACCAGAGCUUUACCAAUCCUAGCUUCGGUUCUUCGACGCUGGGAAUCGAACCACUAGGUGUGGUCGAUGUCAAACCCUAUCCGCUGCCGGUGGACAAGAUCAGCAUCGAGCCCGUUCCGGACUUUAAACUGAUGACCCCGACGGCCAUCAGUGUCGGUGAAAAGGUAUUAAAUUACACGCUGGAUGAUAAAAAAUUCGAACACUUGGGUGGAGGAGUGAUUGCUAAAAAGCCGGAAAAUAAGGUUCCACCUUUGAAGACCACCACCGAGAGUGCAAAAACCAGUGUCUAUACGGUGACUCCAGUUUAUGUGACCAGCAGUAGCGAGAAUGUGGUUAAUUCGACGGAAGAUUUUGUGGAGUACUAUAUGGUGGAUGGUUUGAAUUAUACGGAGAUGACUACAGUUGUGAACAGCGAGGAGUUCAACGAUACUAUGCUGGACUAUGUGCUGGGUAUUGAGUCACGGAUCAGUCCGGAUGAUGGUGAUGAUGGGCUUACGACAGAAAAUAUCAUGACUACGACCAUGGAUGCGGGAGGUAGCGUAGAAAAUCUAACCGAAAUGUCAUUUGAGUCCGGUUCAAGCGAAACUUUGCUGACAGUUACUGAGCAACCGGAGGAUUUCACGACGAUGAUGCCAACAACGGAGCUAUUGGUCACAAGCACGGAAACAUCAACCGAGCAGCCUAAAACCAGUACCAGUAAGCGGACGACGUUUAUCGAGGUGGAAACGCUGAAGUACACACCAACUACAAGUAUGCCGACAGUUAUGGUUACACUUCCGGAACUUUUCCCCAUCAAAAACAAGUGGGAAUUUGUAAAUGGUACUCGGGUGACACCUCCUAGCAGCCAUUCCACCCGAAAAGUCUACAACGAAACUCUGCAAGCUUUGGUAGUCGAAAACAUCCAACUAACGACGACGAUGCCCAGCGUCAGAAUUGCAGGAUUGAAACGGAACACCACCAACCUUCAAAAUCUUUCGUCAAUUUUCGACACGCUAGCUUCAAAGUUAGGCAUCCAAACGGAAUCAUCCAGUAAGCCACCAUUCUCAUCGCUUUCUAAAAUCAAAAACCAGCAUAAAAACUCAGCCACUCGAACCUCGUCCAAGAAUCGAACCCGCAUUACGACUCGCCCGAAGCGAAAGAAGAACAAAAACACCAGAAGAACUUCAACGACCAGCACAACAACCACAACGUCCACGACUCCCACCCCAAUCUACGACACCACUCCGUUCGCCAAACCGAUCCCGACCAUCACCAGCGACGACUUGAUGGACGUGGUUCCGGUUAUGAUAUCACCAACAUCGGAGUACUCCUCGGAGCAGUACGUAGGUCAGGCGGAAGUAGAGGUCAUCGAUCCGAACAAGUACGACGAAAUGCUCCAGCUGCUGUCGACGACAACUCCCCCGGGGGCGGUCCGUUACGCUACGACAACGGCCGCCGGUCCGUCCGGGCUGGUUACCUUGCUGCCGGCCAAAUCCAACUCCGGCAUCAAGAACUUCCGACCGAAAAUUAAGCUACAGCGCCGCCCGACGACGAAAGCCACCAGCGGCUCGUUAGCAGCUGAUAAUCAGCCACCGUUGCUGCUUACCGCCGACUCGCAGCCUGCCGUGGCAGCCAAUGCCGACACGGCCGCCGCCGCCGUCGCCACCGUCGGUGGUCGGAGCGAAACGAGCCCGAAUUUAAAAUUAAUGAAUGCAAAUAAAAGUGGCGCUGCAGGGCUCGAUGGCGUCGGCAAUCGGCACCGUUCGGAUGACAAUGUUGCAGGCGAGACUGAUGUCGGUAGUGUCGACGCCGGCCAUGGCGGAACCAACGAUGGCGGUAGCCGGGGAUUUAACAACCAAAAUGAUAAUAAAAAUAACACAAUGGUAGAAACGGUGGUCAGGGCCAGUAUGCGCUUUGAAUCAUAA